AUGGACCACCCACAAACACCCCGCAUCCUCGCCCCGCACCUUGCAAACUUCCAACACCGCAUCGUACGCAUAUUGGGAAAGGUCACGCAGCUGCGUGGUGAGACAGCAGUUAUUGACGCAGGAGGUAAUGUCGACGUUGUUCUGAACAGGGAGUAUGAGCUGACCAAGAUGAACCAGGACUCACAUCUCGCCGUCGGUCAUGCAGUUGAGAUUAUCGGCAAGGUGGACCAGAAUCUGCAAGUCAAGGUACAAGCAGUAACCGAUUUUGGCACAAAUAUCGAUUUCAACGCAGCAAAUGCAGUAGUAGAUGCUACGCAUCGGUACAAGGAGAUCUUCUACGACGACAACUAA